AUGAAAUAAAUCUUUUUUUUUUGUAUCUUAACUUAUCAAGCAAUAGGGUAAGUAAUAAUAGAAUCUUCAUAAAAAUGUUUAUGUGUUGAUAUUUAAGAAUAGGUAUAAUGUGAAUCAAUAAACUGUUAUUGGGAUGAAAAAUGCUUAGAAAAUAAAUGUGAAAAUAAAAAAUAAGCUAAAUGUUUUGGAGAAUGUCAAUGGUCAAAUGGAUAAUGCAUAAAUUAUAACUUUAAUUGUAAUGAUUACAGCACAUAAAAGAGUUGUGAUUAAUAAAGUACAUGUGGUUGGUCGACUUAAGAAAAAUGUUUGAAAUUUGAAAAAUGUUCAGAGUAUUUAGUAACAGAUCCAAAUUUAUGUUACUCAAAAGGUACUGAAUAAUGUGAAGCAAGUACUACUAUAAUUAAUGGUAAAUAUCAAUGUAGAGAUAAAGUAAAUGUAGAUUGUGGAAUUAUAACAUCAUAAAAUAUAUGCAACAAUUCUAAAUAAUCUAGUAAUAUAAAAUGUAGAUGGAAAUAAUCAACUGAUUAAUGUUUAGCUAUAAAUGAUAUAAAUAGUUGUGAAAAUGUAAAAGAUUGGUAAGAAAUGUGUGACACUAAUGCUUGUGUUUGGUUAAAUAAUACAUGUAAGACAAGAGAAUGUAGCAGUUUCACCAUCUAAAAAACUUGUAAAUACAUUCCAAAUUAUGCUUAAACUUAAAUAUCAAUUUGUGUUUGGACAGAAGAUAAAUGUUAGACUCUCUUAAACUCUAAUGAAUUAUCACAAGAUUAAUGCUUUCAAAAUACAAAGGGAGGUUACAUGUGGAUAAAUGAUGGAUGUGUAUCUUGCCACGCUUACUUCUUAAAUAUUAUCACAAUGCUAAUAAUAUUCAUAUUUCUAGGCUGA